GUACACUAUAUCAAAAACACACACGGUAACAAAAAAAAGACCCUUCUUUCCCUUUCCACAAAACGCACUGUUUCUCUGCGUUUCACUAAACCGCCUCUUCAUGAACACCGUCUCAGACACCGCCGGCGCCUCGCCGCCAGCACAGCCCAUUGAGAUCUCGCCAGACACGAAAACCGCCACAAUAUCCGACAGCGACGGAGUUGGUGGACCCACAAUCAAACUCAAUGUUUCUUACGGUUCAUCUCUUCACCAGAUCCAUCUCCCAGCCCAAUCAACUUUCGGAGAUUUAAAAAAAUUGCUUGUACAUAAAACUGGUUUAGAGUCUGAACAACAACGACUUUUCUUCAGAGGAAUAGAAAAGGAUGAUAGGGAGAAAUUGCACACGGAAGGCGUGAAGGAUAAGUCAAAGAUUUUGCUUUUGGAGCGCGCUGCUAGCAAAGAGAAGAAGCUUGAGGAAACCCGAAAACUCAAUGAGAUGUCUAAAGCUAUUGAAGCUAUUAAUGGAGUCAGAGCUGAGGUGGACAAGCUCUCAAAUAGGGUUGAUGCCUUGGAAGGGGCUAUCAAUGCAGGGAACAAGGCUUCUGAGAAAGAAUUUCUCUUGUUGACCGAGUUGCUUAUGAAACAAUUGCUGAAAUUGGAUGGUAUUGAGGCUGAAGGCGAAGCAAAGUCACAGAGAAAAGCUGAGGUGCGCCGUGUGCAGGGCCUCGUUGAUAAGUUAGACUCUCUAAAGGCUAGAAGCUCCAAUCCUUCCAGUCAUAGUGGUAGUGCUGCCACAGGGACAACUCAUUGGGAAACCUUUGAUACAGGAACAGAAGACUCGAACGAGCCAUCCUCAGCCACAACACCAUCUUCAACAAAAGUAUCUCAAGAUUGGGAGCGGUUUGAUUAGCUUAUAAUUGCUGUGAAAUAUAAAAUUAUAAAGACUGUACAAUACCAUAAUUGCUUUCAUCCUUUGUCCAAGGUUGAACAAAAAAAAAAAAGAGCUUUUUAUACAAA